ACGACUCAUGGAGCUUCUCAAUCCUCCAAUUCCAAAGACGCCUUGGAUCUUUCUCACCUCCCCAUUUUCCUCAAACGCUUGCAUUAUUAGUGUUGAACUUAUUGGUGUUGGUGGAAAUGUCUAAGUAAAACUAGAAUACUAGGUGAAGUUCAUCUAUUCUUAAUCCUUUUUCUUUGUCAUUUGUGGUUCUGAUAAUUAAUUACUAAGGAUGGCUUUGAUUGUGAAGCAAUGCUUGAUUGAUUGCUCCAACUCAUUUUUUGUUGUUCUACAGUGCCACAAUGGGCAUACACUCUGUUCAACCUGUAAAACAAGGGUACAUAACCGAUGCCCCACAUGUAGGCAGGAGCUUGGUGAUAUAAGGUGUCUAGCACUGGAGAAAGUAGCUGAAUCCCUUGAACUGCCUUGCAAAUAUAUGUUGCUUGGAUGCCCAGAGAUCUUCCCCUACUACAGUAAACUCAAGCAUGAGUCCAUAUGUAACUUCAGGCCAUACAACUGCCCAUAUGCUGGAUCAGAGUGCUCUGUUGUUGGUGAUAUCCCAUUCCUCGUUGCUCACCUGAGGGAUGAUCACAAGGUUGACAUGCAUUCUGGAUGCACAUUUAACCAUCGUUAUGUGAAGUCUAAUCCACGGGAAGUAGAAAAUGCCACAUGGAUGUUAACUGUAUUCCAUUGUUUUGGCCAGUAUUUCUGUCUUCAUUUUGAAGCCUUCCAGCUUGGAGUGGCCCCCGUUUACAUGGCAUUCCUCCGUUUCAUGGGUGAUGAGAUUGAAGCCCGGAACUACAGUUACAGCUUAGAAGUUGGGGGCAAUGGCCGGAAACUCACAUGGGAAGGCACUCCACGAAGCAUAAGAGAUAGCCACAGAAGGGUUAGAGACAGCCACGAUGGCCUAAUCAUACAGCGUAAUAUGGCACUUUUCUUCUCCGGAGGGGAUAGAAAAGAGUUGAAGCUGCGAGUCACCGGACGGAUAUGGAAAGAACAGCAGAACCCUGAAGGUGGGGCCUGCAUUCCCAACCUAUGUAGUUAAAAUUUUAAGGCGUGGUCGGGAGUCUCCAUCUCACCCUGCCAACCCCCACAUCUAUUUACAAUACCAGCAUUUAUUAUUAUCAAAUGUAUGCAGGUGAUGUAGAGGAUUCAUGAACUAUGUACGAAUGCUAUAGGCUUAAGCCUUUUUCUCAAUUAACAAUAAGCUUCUUU